CCCGGACAAGUGUGACAUCUGGGGCAACACGCCCCUGCACCUGGCAGCUUCCAAUGGCCACCUGCACUGCCUCUCCUUCCUGGUGUCCUUCGGGGCCAACAUCUGGUGCCUGGACAACGAUUACCACACGCCGCUGGACAUGGCCGCCAUGAAGGGCCACAUGGAAUGCGUGCGCUACCUGGACUCCAUCGCGGCCAAGCAGAGCAGCCUCAACCCCAAGCUGGUGGGCAAGCUGAAGGACAAGGCCUUCCGCGAGGCGGAGCGGCGCAUCCGCGAGUGCGCCAAGAUGCAGCGCAAGCACCACGAGCGCAUGGAACGGCGUUACCGGCGCGAGCUGGCCGAGCGCUCGGACACACUCAGCUUCUCCAGCAUCACGUCCAGCACCCUGAGCCGCCGGCUGCAUCAUCUGGCGCUCGGCAGCCACCUGCCCUACUCGCAGGCCACGCUGCACGGCACCGCCAAGGGCAAGACCAAGAUCCAGAAGAAGCUGGAGCGGCGCAAGCAGGGCGGCGAAGGCACCUUCAAGAUCUCCGAGGACGGCCGCAAGAGCGUGCGCUCGCUCUCGGGCCUGCAGCUGGGCAGUGACGUGAUGUUUGUGCGCCAGGGCACCUACGCCAACCCCAAGGAGUGGGGCCGCGCCCCGCUCAGGGACAUGUUCCUCUCCGACGAGGACAGCGUCUCCCGUGCCACACUGGCGGCCGAGCCUGCGCGCUCGGAGGUCAGCACCGACUCAGGCCACGACUCCCUGUUUACCCGCCCGGGCCUGGGCACCAUGGUGUUCCGCAGGAACUACCUGAGCAGCGGGCUGCACGGCCUGGGCCGCGAGGACGCGGCGCUGGACGGCGCGGGCACGCCGCGGGGUCGGCUUCAGAGCUCCCCCAGCCUCGACGACGACAGCCUGGGCAGUGCCAACAGCCUGCAGGACCGCAGCUGCGGGGAGGAGCUGCCCUGGGACGAGCUGGACUUGGGCCUGGAUGAAGACCUGGAGCCCGAGACGAGCCCGCUGGAGACGUUCCUGGCCUCCCUGCACAUGGAGGCCUUCACCACCAUCCUGCGGCAGGAGAAGAUCGACCUCGAGGCACUCAUGCUGUGCUCGGACCUCGACCUCCGCAGCAUCAACGUCCCCCUGGGACCCCGCAAGAAGAUCAUGGGGGCCGUGCGGAGGCGGAGGCAGGCGCUGGAGCGCCCGCCGGCCCUGGAGGACACAGAGUUAUAACAGGGGCUCCUAUCCCCAUACCAAAAAGAGUUGCAAGUUGCCACACCCACGGUGGGACCACGAGGUCCUCACAGUUGCCAGCCCUGCAGCUCCCCAGCCGCUUCCCGGGAGCAAGGACCAUGCGGUCAUCUCCCUUGAAAGCCUGUCCCCACUCUGCCGCAGAGGGUAUGGCCUGGAGGCACCUGGAAGGCCAAGAGAGUGACUCAGAACAUCAAUUCUGAGGGGUCCCGAGGCCCCUAAGCCACCUCUCUCUGAGUGGCUCUAAAGCACGUGUGCAUUCGUGGAAGGCCAGCCCCAGUGCCAGGGCGGGGGCCACUAGAUGAUCAGCCCGUCAGAGCUGGAUGGGAGCGUGUGGUGCGAGUGGGCAUGGCUUGCCCCGGGGCCGUUGUCUGUCCCCACCCCUCCUCUACGGGUCCUGUGGUCUGCUCAGUCUGGAGACUCUCCUCCUACAUUUUUGUGCAGGAAGAGUUUGGGCUGCCUCCCCUCCCCCUGUACACCCCGGAGAGGAGGUUCCCUGCUAGACUCUUCAGCCAAACGCCCCAGCUUUAGUCCCCACCCCGCCCCAAGCACGGCCAGUCCCCUUCUCCUUCUCCCACUGGCCAUGCUGGGGAGUUGGAGCGCCAGGCUGGGCUGGGGUGGGGGUGACCGGUGCCCUUCCAGCCUACCCCGGGGUGGGGCCCAGCCUGACUCCACCCUCCCCGCCCUGUCCUUCUCCACUCACUCUCUCCUUGGUUGUGCAGCCCGGUGCCCCCAACCCCAGGGACCCCAGAGGGUCAGGGCAAUAGAUCCAAGGUGCUAGAGCGACUGGCUACAGUAUUAUGGCCUCGAGGCUCGGCGGGCAUCUCUGGGCUGGGGAAAGGCAUCUGCCAACUGGCUCAGAGUCUCCCAGGCCCAAACCAGGCAGAGACUGGUUGUGGCUGGGUGUCCAGCCUCGCGUGGGCGAGUCCUGCCAUGUGGACACGGGAGCCUGAGGAUGUGGACAGUCUAAACUGCUGAUUGCCCCCAGGUUCCCAGGGCUCCGGGCAAAGGGUCUGGAAGCAGCUGGGUGGCUGCCUGAUUCUGCAUGGGUAGCGGGUAGGGGAGAGUUCUGCACGGGUCCCUGCUCUGUGAUGCUGGUGAGACCAGGGGAAAGGCCAGACUCAAAGGGUCCUCAGACCAAGGUCACGGAUGUGGGAGGGUCACUCAGGAGCCCCCACGGUGUGCACAUAUACACCGCAUGCAGAUGUGCCCUUCCUCCUCUGUCAACAAUGGUGCCCCCGUCCCUGACCUUCAGCUUAGGAAGCAGCUCCUACCGGGAGCAUUGCCACAGCCCCCAGCUCCUUCCUGGGCCCCUUGGCUGGUGCAGGGGACAGAGAACCCCCCCAAAACGCCACAGGCCUCCCUCUGGUGUGUCUGUCUGAGCGUGGGUCCCCGGGCACACACCUGCUCAGAGCUGGGGGCGUGAUGGAGGUGGUCCCUGUUCCCACACUGAAGGCCUGGUCGCCUGCCACUGCCACUCUGAGCCCACUGCAGUCCUGCUCCCCGUUCUCUGGGCCUGGGGCCACCCCCAAGUGCCGACUUGACUUUCCUGGAGCCCCAGGUGCUGCCCUUUCUCUCCUGUUCCCUGUCUGUGUACGGCCUCAGCCCCCUCCCUGUUCUCUCAGUGCUGGGGUGGGGCGGGCUCCCAGAUUCCCACCACUGUACAAAGUACCCCUCCCUCAGGCUCAUUAUAAUUUUUGUAGAGAACCUUCUC